AUCUCGUUGUCCGAUCAAACCAUCUGUUACUCGCCAAUCUCCUGCGCGAUUAAUGCGCCCUCGGUCCAGGGCUUCGUCUUCUCAUCAUACUCUCCAGGGCUAUGCCCGCGGUCGUCGAGGAUAUAACACUCAUCAACAAUUCAGAAGGCGCAGUCAUGGAACCUUCAACUGCGGACAAGAAGCGCAAUAAGCUCGGAUAUCAUCGCACCUCUGUCGCAUGCGUACACUGCCGCAGACGAAAGAUCCGAUGUCUUGUUGCAACGGACGAUGCUCAAGGACGAUGCGAGAACUGUAUACGACUACGAAAGGAAUGCCAAUUCUUUCCGGUCGACCAGCAGCCCCCGGUUGAGAAGAAAUCUCGCCCCAGCUCUCGCUUGGAAACCGCAUCGACGGAUCCAUCGACCGCCUCAUCUUCGCCUCCAAAUGUGACUGGGGUGGAACAAGCCGAGCCUUUCUAUCCUUAUCAACCCAUGCCGUUGGGUUCUACUCCGGAUGUGGGAGCUUUCAAUGCGGCCACUUUCUCUGGAAACCCAAUGGCGCCAUUUUCCCCAGAUCGCAACGUCGGCCCCGAGUUCGUGCCACCUCCCUCAAUCGAUCCCUCGGUACCGUGGGACGAGUACACGACCAUCUCAGAUCCCCAACUGUUGGCGACAAUGUCGGCGGGGAAAGCGAUGAUGAACAUGCCCGCGAACGUCUGGGGUCCGACACCCAACCCAAUGGCGCCAAUGCCCACCACCGCGCCUCUACCAGCAACACCUACCAUUCCCUCGCAAUCACAGGGUCUGACACAGGCACCCACGUAUGCUAUGCAGCCAGAUGGGACUGUCUGGCAGGUUCCCCCGCCCCGGUCGAUGACAUUCUCCGCCCAACCUGCAGAGAUGGCGAUGGCGUACGGGGCCCAAGGCCAAUUUGUGCAGCAAACGCCCGCAGAUCUCAAAAGGAGAAUGACCAGCCCGGCUCAGUCGUUUCCCGGAACCCCCAUCAACCCUCAGAGUCCCCCAGCGGCAGAUCUACAGGCGGUGUCCGUCUCAUACCCAGGCCAGCCGGCAGCCAUGGGCUUCGGCAACUGGCAGGAUAUGAACAGCAUGUCUCCUAUGAGCAUGGUCCAGUAUCCGAUGUACACGAACGAUCCAGCCCAUCAAGCAGGCUUCGGCAGUCCGCCGCCAAUGGGCCACCCGGGCCAAGGACACUCCCCCCAGUCAUGAGCUGCAGAGGGGGAAAUGACGAGCAAUUCGCAAAAAGCUUCAACGGAUCUGUUAAUAAUACCCUGUGCGACGUGAUUCAUCCUUUUCUUUUUCGCUUCUUUCCCAUAUCAUUCC